AUGGAGCAAAAUCCUAAUAAUAGCUCAGGUUCAGCCUUGCUAAUCACUGACUCUGGAAACACCUCUAGCUACUAACCUAGAAAUGAGCGAGGAACCUCUGCCUCCUAGCAUGAUUAGAGUCCAGGCCACAAGCAUUCAACCAAUACUGCUCAGAAGGUGUAGGAUCACAUCAUUAGACUUCUAAAUGACAACAAUGCUGGUGAAAAUGGUCAUAAUCCAAUAGACAAUGAUGACCUAGAUGUUGACCAACUAGUUGGCAACUCUAAUAAUCUUGAUGAUGGAGAAGAAGAUAUAAAGAUAAGUGAGGCUUGUACUAUGGAGUAUGUUAGUGAAGGCAUUAAAGUGGUGCCUAGAAAUCAGUCAAAGAACAGAAAUAUCCCAGCAAUUAUCAUCAAGAAUUUGCAUUUGAGUUGCCAUUCAGCUCCUGUAGAUCAACUGCUUACAAAAGAUAUUGGCGGCAUAGUGAUAUACUCUGAAGGAGAAUUGAAAGGCAUUAAAUAUUCGCCUGGAUAUGUUUUCAUUUAGACAGAUGAGGAGCUUAUAAGACGUAAUAUUUUAUCUAAAAACGGGACUAUUCAUGGCAGACUUUGUCUGGACCUGUUUUCCAUUGAGAAAACACAGUUGCCUAAGUCCUUUCUUGCUGAGGGUUUCGGGAAAAGAGCUCAGGGCCCCUUCAGGUUCAAAUCAUUGCAAUUUAACAUAGUGAAUGAAAAGUACUAAGAUGAUGUUGAGGAAAACAUUAAUGAGUUGUUUCAAAAAGUAUUGGUCAAAGCCAUCGAGGGUUGGGCACAAGGUGCACCAUAGACUUUAUCUGUUAAUGUCAUCAAAGACGCAAUAACUCAAAAUAGGUCACUCACAGAGAUGCCUUAUACUCAAGUAAUGGGCUAAGCUAGCCAAUAAAGUACUCAAAGCUAUCAAGAUCAUAUAAAUCAAAGAGAAGAGAAUAAGACUGGAUCUAGUUAGAAAGAAGAGUCUAAAAAGUAUGAUAAUUCAGAGGUUUAGAAAAAAACCAAAAGUGAAAGAUAAGAGCCAGAUCAAAGUAAAAAAUUGCAGCCAAAUAGUAAAAAUUAAAAAGCUGAAGAUAUGAAAGGAGAUUAUGAGAAUAGUGGUGUACUUAGUGGCAUCACUAGGGAGGUGAGGGACAAAUAAAUGGCUUAAAAAUAAUCAAGCGGAUUUUGCUGCUUCAAGAAAUGA